AUGAGGACGACGGCUAUCGUGCUUGCUUGUGCGGCCUCGUACGUGGUAGCGAGCCUGUCCGACGACCACACUCGCUUUCAACAUCAUGUCAAGCGCGACGGAGGCCAUCGUGAGCAUGCCAAACGCGCUGGCACUGUUUCAGUCAAGUUGACGCAUGUCGUACGACCUAUUGGCAGCCGCGGCGUUCGGCGCUCUCUCGCGACCCGUGCUGCUGAUGCGGCCGGCGUACACAUCAGCUCGCACAGGUGGUCGUUCUUCACUGCCGAUAUCACAACCGGCUCCGGCGCGUCUGCUCAGACAUUCAGCGUCGUUGUAGAUUCCGGCAGCGCGCUACUCUUGCUCGGCAUCAACCCCGCAAAGGCUUAUCGACCCGGUCACAGUGCCGUGGUCGGACUCGCGCAUUACACGGCCUCAUAUGGCGAUGGAUCGGUGUCCUCGACCGGCAUCAUGACGCUCGACAAUACAGAGCUCGUGCCCGGUAUGGGCGUACGAGCUCAUUUUGGUGCAGCUAGUGUCGCCAGCUCCAAAUCGCUUUGGGCUGCCACUCGCGCCGAUGGCAUCUUGGGUCUGGCACCCUCGUCGAUGCUUCAGCUACAGCUUGGCAAGGGAUGGGUCACCUAUCCUGAUGAGCUUGUCAAGAACAAGAUCAUCGACGCCAACAUCGUUACCGUUCUGCUGUGGCGCGCUGCUGCUGCCAACCAAGUCUCCGGAGAAGUCAUCUUUGGGGGCUACGACAAAUCGCAUAAUUUUGGCAGCUACGUCUUCUCACCUCGCGUCGACAUUGGCGGAUACCCGUACUGGGGCGUACACAUCGGCAUACCAAGUCUGCUCGUCUCGCAUUCCAGUAUUUCAGGCGCCAUUGCGCACGUCGACACCGGCACGACGCUAUGCUAUCUCGAGACGUCUGCAUUCAGGGCAUGGGCUCGAACUGUCAAGGGCGCCGUCAUCGAUGAAAAACUUGGUAUGAUCUCUGUUCCCAAGGGCGCACAGGUGCCUGUCCUGCACUUCCAAAUCGCCGGGCAUACGUUUGCACUUGGCUCGGAAGCCCAGCUCCUACCCGAAUACGAGCUCGUCGGACUUGGCCUUGACCGCAACCGUGAUUGGUCGAUUUGGUCAGACGGCGGAUCGACUUCUGAAGGCAGCUACACCCUGGGUGCCCGCUUCAUCGAACAGUUCUCGGUCGUCUUUGAUCGCGUCUAUGACCGCAUUGGCUUCGCUUACAAGGAGAGUUCAUAG